UUCAGAGUCCUGCAGGGUUAGGGUAAUGGGAUACAAGUACUGAAAAUUGUGAGGCUUUUCGAUCUCAAGCUUGAAUUGCUUGGAUCACAAUAAGUAAUGGUUAUGAUUUUGCAAGUCCUCUUCAGAAUUAGCCAACUCUGAAAGACCGUUCCUUGUCUCGCAUCUGGGUACCUUCAUUUUGGUCUCUAGAUGCUGUUCUCAUUGACCCGUUAUCGAACUUAUUGCACUGAUGCUGUACUCUCUGCCAAUUCUCAGAUUUCUCGCUAUGCACGACUUGGCCUCAUUGAAAAUGCCCGAAGAGUUUUCGAUGAAAUGCCUGACAAAAGCAUUAUUUCUUGGAACUCUAUCAUUGCUGCAUAUUUCCAAAACAAGCUACCGCAAAAAGCCCGGAGUCUGUUUGACAGAAUGCCCAACAGGAAUACGACUUCAUGGAAUGGUAUGAUUUCUGGGUAUGUGAAAAGUCGAAUGAUUAGGGAAGCACGUAAGUUUUUUGAUGCAAUGCCUGAACGAAAUGUUGUUUCCUGGACUGCUAUGGUUAGAGGGUAUGUUCAGGAAGGUAUAAUCUUGGAGGCUGAAUCCCUCUUUUGGCAAAUGCCCGAAAAGAAUGUUGUCUCUUGGACUGUCAUGUUGGGUGGGCUGAUUAAAGAUCGUAGGAUUGAUGAUGCACGUCGUCUUUUUGAUGAAAUGCCGAUGAAAGAUGUGGUCACCUGGACUACUAUGAUUUCAGGGUAUUGCCAAGAAGGCCUUUUGGCUGAAGCUCGUGAGCUCUUCGAUGUCAUGCCACGUCGAAACGUAAUCACCUGGACAACUAUGAUAUCGGGAUACGUGCAUAAUCUUCAGGUAGAUAUUGCAAGAAAGCUUUUUGAAGUAAUGCCGGAAAAGAAUGAGGUUUCUUGGACAGCGAUGCUCACUGGUUACACCCAAUCUGGUAGGAUCGAAGAUGCGGUGGAGAUUUUUAAAACGAUGCCAGAGAAGUCAGUCAUUUCCUGUAAUGCAAUGAUCCUCGGAUUUGGCCAGAGUGGGAAUGUUGCUGAAGCAAGGUGUGUAUUUGAUGGAAUGAGAGAAAAAGAUGAUGGGACCUGGAGUGCAAUGAUUAAGGGGUACGAAAGAAAUGGGUUUGAAUUGGAAGCACUAAACAUGUUUGCUCUAAUGCAAAAAGCAGGAAUUAAGCCAAAUUACCCCUCUUUGAUUACUGUUCUUUCUGUCUGUGCCAGCCUGGCAAUUCUUGAUCACGGUAGGCAAAUUCAUGCUGAGGUGGUAAAAUCACAGUUUGACUUGGAUGUAUUUGUUGCUUCAGCCUUGAUGACAAUGUAUGUUAAGUGUGGUGACCUUUGUAAGGCAAAACAAGUGUUUGAUAGGUGUUCUCUAAAGGACAUUGUUAUUUGGAAUUCUAUGAUCACUGGUUAUGCCCAACAUGGCUUAGGAGAGGAAGCUCUACGAGUGUUUUAUGAAAUGUGUUCUACAGGCAUGGCACCUGAUGAUGUUACAUUUGUUGGAGUUCUUUCUGCAUGUAGUUACAGUGGGAGGGUCAAGGAAGGGUUGGAGCUUUUUGAUUCAAUGAGAUUGAAUUAUUCUGUUGAGCCAACGGCUGAACAUUAUGCUUGCAUAGUUGAUCUGCUCGGUCGAGCUGGCCAUAUAAAUGAGGCGAUGAAUUUGAUUGAAAAGAUGCCAAUCGAAGCUGAUGCGGUUGUUUGGGGUGCUUUAUUAGGCGCAUGUAGGACACACAAGAACUUGGAGUUAGCUGAGGUAGCAGCAAAGAAACUUUUGUUGCUUGAGCCUAAAAAUGCUGGGCCUUAUAUUUUGCUAUCCAAUAUUUAUGCUUCGAAAGGCAGAUGGGAAGAUGUUGUGGAUCUGAGAAAAGUGAUGAGAGCCAGGAACAUAAGCAAGUCACCUGGCUGUAGCUGGAUUGAGGCCGAGAACAAAGUGCAUAUGUUUACUGGGGGAGAUAGUGUGGAGCAUCCUGAUCAUGUGGCUAUUGUGGGAAUGUUGGAGAAAUUGAGCGGAUUAUUACGGGCAGCUGGGUAUUGUCCAGAUGGUAGCUUUGUGUUGCAUGAUGUAGAUGAGGAACAAAAGGUGCAUAACUUAGGUUACCACAGUGAGAAGCUUGCUGUGGCAUUUGGGCUUUUGAGGGUGCCUGAAGGAAUGCCUAUCCGGGUCAUGAAGAACCUUCGGGUUUGUGGAGAUUGCCAUUCAGCAAUUAAAUUGAUAGCAAAAAUUACAGGGCGAGAGAUCAUCUUGAGAGAUGCCAGUAGAUUCCAUCAUUUUAAAGGUGGUCUGUGUUCUUGCAGAGAUUAUUGGUGAGGUCAAACUAUAUCUUCUAAUUGAAGUUGCUGAAGUAAUGGUCAGAUAGGUCCUUAUUCUAUAGGUUCACCCAGGAGGAUUUGCUGUAAUAGUAAUCAGUCCUCUCUUCUGUCAAACUCUUUUGCACUGCUGGGACAAGUAGGGGUAAAGAUCCAGAAAAAUAAUCUUCUAGUUUACAACCAAUGUGCAACUUUUCUCUUGUUGUGAGCCUUGGAUAGUAGGGUCCUUGUGCACCUCUUGGCACAUGCUUUACUGUAGUGCUAAGGCUAUGAUUUAACUGUUCUCCCCAUUUAUAGGCAGAUAGAACAAGAACUUGUAUUCACCAUCUUCACUCAGUUGAGUUGGCAUCUGCAUUGCAGUAUAAGGUAGAGUGGUAUGUGCAACUCUCCAAUGGUACAUGACA